GCGCAUAUACCGAUGUCGAGGCCAUUGUCAUUCGGCUACGGGCCAAUAGGGGAUGUAUGUUUGAGUAUUUUUAGUGCUAGUUAAAUUUUACUAAAUUUUAUCCCAAUUUGAUUAUAGUUUAAAGGUCCAGUGUUUAAAAAGAUCGGCGAAAUGGGCUCGUUAUUUCGAAGUGCGGAAAUGACUUUGUGCCAACUGUUCUUGCAGAGUGAGGCUGCUUACGCCUGUGUCUCGGAACUGGGAGAACUAGGAUUGGUACAAUUCAGAGAUCUAAAUCCUGACGUAAAUGCUUUCCAACGUAAGUUCGUUAAUGAAGUUCGCCGAUGCGAUGAAAUGGAAAGGAAACUCAGGUAUCUCGAAAAAGAGAUUAAAAAGGAUGGAAUCCCCAUGCUGGAUACUGGGGAAAAUCCCGAAGCUCCACAGCCAAGAGAGAUGAUUGAUUUGGAGGCCACGUUUGAAAAACUUGAAAACGAACUCCGGGAGGUGAACCAAAAUGCCGAAGCUCUCAAAAGAAACUUCUUGGAACUGACUGAACUCAAACAAAUCCUACGUAAGACGCAAGUUUUCUUUGACGAGCACGAAGGGGGUGUUAACCCUACUGAGUCUAUGACCAGGGCCCUCAUUAGUGACGACUCUAUUGCCCGACAAAGCGCCUUAGGCCCCGUCCAAUUGGGUUUCCCGGAAAAACAGUAUGACUCGGAGGAAUACAUGCCAUGCUUCGUCGCUGGAGUUAUUCUGAGAGAAAGGAUCCCGGCGUUCGAAAGAAUGUUGUGGAGAGCGUGCAGAGGAAACGUCUUCUUGAGACAAGCUGAGAUCGAGACUCCCCUAGAAGAUCCAGCCAGUGGGGAUCAAGCUUACAAAUCCGUAUUCAUAAUUUUCUUCCAAGGAGAUCAGUUGAAAAUUAGAGUGAAGAAAAUCUGCGAAGGAUUCAGGGCUACUCUCUACCCUUGCCCAGACGCCCCUGCCGAUCGCAGAGAGAUGGCUAUGGGUGUCAUGACAAGAAUUGAAGAUCUCAAUACGGUUUUGGGCCAAACUCAGGACCAUCGUCACAGAGUUCUUGUAGCCGCUGCUAAGAAUAUUAAAAAUUGGUUCGUUAAAGUCAGAAAAAUAAAGGCCAUCUACCACACGUUAAACUUAUUUAAUUUGGAUGUUACUCAGAAAUGUUUGAUUGCAGAAUGUUGGGUGCCAGUACUCGAUUUGGAGAAUAUCCAAUUGGCUUUGAGGCGUGGAACUGAACGAAGUGGCAGUUCCGUGCCUCCUAUUCUAAAUCGAAUGGACACCGCCGAAGACCCGCCAACAUACAAUCAUACGAACAAAUUCACAAGUGGUUUCCAAACUCUUAUAGACGCUUAUGGUAUCGCUUCAUAUAGAGAAAUGAAUCCAACGCCGUACACGAUUAUCACUUUCCCAUUUUUGUUUGCUGUGAUGUUCGGUGAUUUGGGUCAUGGUCUUCUAAUGGCCGUCUUUGGCGCAUGGAUGGUAUUCAAAGAGAAACCUCUGGCUGCGAAAAAGUCAGAUAAUGAGAUAUGGAACAUCUUCUUCGGCGGUCGUUAUAUAAUUCUUCUUAUGGGUUGCUUCUCGAUGUAUACGGGUUUCAUCUACAACGAUUGUUUCGCAAAAUCAUUAAACGUAUUUGGAUCCAGUUGGGAAAUUCGAAACAUAUCGAAAUAUUUUGACCCUGGUCUGUACGUUCUAGAUCCUAAAACUACAGAGAAUUAUGGAGGAACUCCUUAUCCAAUCGGAAUGGAUCCCGUUUGGCAGUUGGCCAAGAACAAAAUUAUUUUCCAGAAUUCGUUUAAAAUGAAGAUUUCCAUCAUCUUGGGAAUUCUGCACAUGUUGUUCGGUGUAGUAAUGAGUCUCUUAAACAACAUGUAUUUUAAGGACAAGCUCAGCACACUAGCAGAAUUUAUACCUCAAAUAAUCUUCCUCGUUUUCUUGUUCUUCUACAUGGUUAUCUUGAUGUUCAUUAAAUGGUUCCUUUAUUAUGCUAAUGAAGUUGAUACUGACGAAGCCUUCCGAUUGGGUACACGAUGCGCUCCAAAUGUUCUGAUUACGUUUAUCAACAUGAUUCUUCAAAAAGAAACUCCUUUCGAGCCGCGUUGUGGAACUUACAACAUGUAUUCUGGACAGUUAGGUUUCCAGAAGUUCCUAUUUGCUUGUGCUAUGUUUUGUGUACCAUGGAUGUUGUUGGCGAAACCAAUAGUCAUCAUGCGAGAACGCAAACGAACACAACAGUAUUCUGUAACUCACCAACAGAUGCAAUCAGCUACAGAAAACGGAGACGCCGAGCAACCAAUGCACAACAACACCUCACAGCCACCAGCAAUGGGAGGAGGCGGACAUGGUGAGCACGAAGAAGAACCAAUGAGCGAAAUCUUUAUUCACCAAGCCAUCCAUACCAUCGAAUAUGUUUUGGGAUCUGUUUCACACACUGCUUCCUAUCUUCGGUUGUGGGCUUUGUCUCUUGCUCAUUCACAACUUUCGGAAGUGUUAUGGAUCAUGGUAUUGAGCAAGGGGCUGAAAGUUGAUGGGUGGGCCGGAGGAGUAGCCCUAUAUGUAAUAUUCGCUUUCUGGGCUGUUCUCACUGUCUCUAUAUUGGUACUCAUGGAAGGACUGUCAGCAUUCCUGCACACUCUUCGUUUGCAUUGGGUGGAAUUCCAGAGCAAGUUCUACAAAGGUACUGGUUAUGGUUUCCAGCCGUUCUCUUUCGAAAUCAUUCUCGAUUCUGCUUCUCAAGCCAAGGAGGAAGUUUAAGAAAACUAUACUAUAUAAAUCCAUGUUUCCAUGUUUGGUGUGUACUUAUCCAAAAAUAUACCCUCAAUAUAAUACAUAAGCAUGUGCUGUAGCAUACCUUAAGUCUAAUAGAAUAAUGUAAUAUCUCAUUUUAUCUAAAAAAACAGUUAUUGAAGUUUUCUUUAAAGUAUUAAUGGCUGAUUUUAAAAAUUCUUUGAAAAUUCUUCUUCUCACAUAAAAUCCUAUACGUUUUCCAAUUAAUUUAUUAAUUAUACUGAGAUUAUCUAAUGAGUAAGAUAUUUAGAAAAAUUUGAAAGGGCUCAGUUUAUAAUUUCCAAGAGUAACGUUAAUGUUUGUCUAGUGUCUUCUUUUGGCAUCAUAAUCCUGGACGGAUCUUUGCCUGUCUAGUUAUGUCCUUCCAUUUAGUUCUCUCUUGUGUCCUUCUCCAUCUGUCUAGUAAAAUGUGGAAUUAAGAAAUUACACUAUGUAGUUGAUUACAUUUUAAAAGAAACGUGAUCCGUAUUAUAAUAAACAUUAGUCAUGAAAUUUAAUCUAAUAAUAAUAAAAACCAAUUUAAAUAAGGUUGCCAAUUUUGUGUGGCAACAACCUAGGAUAAUGUUUAAAAACAUAUAUAUGACGUCUCGUUUUUUAGGUUUUAAAUCAGUUUUAUCAGUGUAUGCUACAUUUCUGUAAACAAACAUCUAGAUGUUAAUCUUUUUUUUUAUAAAUUAUUAACUAGUUCUUAUUAAUGCUUCAAAUAAACUGUACAAUUUUAA